UCGACUUCAGCUCUGAAUUUGUUUAUAUCAGUCAAAAUUUAUUUUCAAGUAUGAUUAAAGUAUUAUUUAACGCUGGAGUCCCAUUUUUUGUAUGAAAAUACGCAUUAUAUAUCGUAAUAAUAAUAACCUUUAAGAAUAAUAAUGAAUUGCAUAAUAUUUACUAUAUUCAAUAGUAUGAAUUAUUCUACACUAAAGAAAUCACAUUAUCAUUAAUUAAAAUAAUAAUGUGAAAAAAGCAUUAUAAAGCAUUAAGGAUAUAGUGUUCUGUAUUGUCCUGUGUUCUGGUACAUAACCUUUUCCUUCCAGCAACAGGAUCACAGCUAAGAGUUAACAUAUUGGGCAAAUUAUAAUAAAAUUGCUUUUGUCGACGAUGAUGAAACUGUGUAUGCAUCAAUACAAGCCCUGCAUUGGACAAAAUGACGAAUGGGCCCAUUAGCCUCCACAUACACCAGCUGUGUUCUUUUGCAUGAUAACAUGAAUAAAUGGAGCAUGCAUGAAAAAGAUGAAUGAUUUAGGAAUUUAAAGCCUGAUCUCAGUUAAUUUUUGUGGUUUAUGGCUCAUAGUGACCUUUAGGGUUAAUGGAAAGCAUCUGUCAUGGCGACACAGUUAAAGGCAUCAUUUUUACAGCUGUAAAGGUCACCAAUUAGACGAUACGUUGGCAGUAUCUGCAAAGGUUAAUUGAUCCCCUGCAGCGAGGGGCGGGUGUGUGAGGCAGGCAGCAGAGAGCAGGCGCGCGGAGCAGGGAUAGAGUUUCUCCCGGUGCGGCUCUCCAUGGCCCUCAUAGAUUCGGUUUCUCCUCCGUUGGGACUCGUGUUAAUACUGUACUUGCGCAUCGCUUCCUAAAGGGAAAUACCCGCUUUGUGUCGGAUUAUGGUUCAUUUCACCCAUUUCCAACUGGAGAUUUAACUCAUGGUGCUCGACGAGCGCGCCCCGCGGUCGCUGCCCGGCGUCGUGUUACCUCCCUCGGGGCAGCAUGGGCCCGUAAGAUGCCUUCUCUGUGGAAACGCGUCACCUUCUCGUUCGCCUCGGCGCUCUGUGUGGGCUCGGUGGUCCUGAUGGUGGUGGCCCUGUCCACGGAGCGGUGGGUCACAGGGACGCUCUUCUGCAAAACCGGGGCCGACUUAGUGAACGCGUCACACCCGGAGAUGGGUCAGUUCACGGGGGACAUUUAUUACGGUCUGUUUCAGGGAGGAAAGACCAAGAACUGCGGGCUCGGCAUCAGGCGCUCCAACAUAUACAUUUUCCCAAAGCUCGUGCAGAAAAUAAACGGUGGCCUUCACAUGACAGUGAUUCUCUUCCUGUUUGCGGCCAUUGGCUUUGACCUCGUCAGCCUGUCUUUCUCCAUAUACAACGCUCGUAGGGUUCCGUACCAGAGCAUCAAAGGCCACAAAGGAAUCCACCUUUGGAACACCAUCGCAGCUCUUUUCAGUGCCCUGGGAGUUUUAUGCUUCCUCGCAGCCAUGAGGCAUCACAGACUCACCGAGCGGAUGGCUAACUAUGAGGAGAACCUCUUUGUCCUCCAAGUCCUGGACGACAGGCUGGAUUGGUCCUUCUGGCUCGGCGUAGGCAGCGUUGGGACUCACUUCGCCGUCUGUGGAGUGGUUGCAAUGAGCCGGAUUAAACUGCCCAAACCUGAGAUCAAGAAACCCGAAGAGCCCACAGUCUCUGCGCUGGACCUGCUCUACUGAAGUAAAAUCACAGACUGGCAGAUCUGCACCAGUGACAUUUGGCCUGGUACCAAAAUGAGUUGCCUCGUGUCAAUUUCGCCACCAUUUCACAACUCUGCUUUGACUUUCGUACAUCUGUCACAGCAGACGCACAGAACAGCCUGGGAAGCACGCAACGAGUCUCCAGGCUUUUUCUCUGUUUGUUAUUAUUUGCAAUAGUCUUAUUAUGUGAGGGUAAUUCCUCCACACUGAACUUGACCUAUGACCUCUGGAGUCUUGUGUUGUAUAUAUUGUGUUUAUAGAUUUAGGAUGAUUUAGGAUUUAGGUAAAUACAUCAUGUAUUAUUAGUAGCACAUUAGUAACAUGUUUUUCAGCACUGUAUGGUGGGUAGAGUGUAACAGUCAGUUUUUUAAAAUAAGCAAAUGAAGUAAUGAUGCAGCUACAGUAUGUCAACAGAAUAUGUAAUAGGAUGUAAUAUUUUAAUUUGCUUUAUACUCAGUUUUAUUUAACAAUUAAACUACCGUCAUAUUGGAAUGCAGUCUCCCAUUCUUCUCAUUAUAUUUGAUGGAAAUGAGGAAGCGACAAAUAUUAAAAUUUUUAACAAAC